GGCGAGACGAAAGCAAACUGAAUGUGACAGCAAAACAACACCACCGAAGGGGGAGUGAACUUGUAGACAGCCGUCAUAUCUUUCAAGAAACCUUACAGUAAUUCCUUGUGUGCGGUUUAAAAACAGACGAAAGCUGACUGGUGUCCUUUCAGUUCAGUAGAUGUCCACGCCGUCAGACACGUCAGGUGGCAUGUCCCAUCCUGGCCCAUCCCCAGGGACAGGCCUGUCCCCAGGGCCCAUCUUGGGGCCUAGCCCUGGACCAGACCCCUCACCAGGUUCUGUUCACAGCAUGAUGGGGCCCAGUCCUGGACCAGGAACACCCAACGCCCCACAUGGCCUGCAGGCCCAGGGGCAAAGUGAUUACUCUCAGGACAGCAUGUAUCCUAUGCAUAAGCCCAUGGAGGCGGCAAUGAAUGACAAGACGAUGGCUGAGGCGAUGCAUUUCGGUCACAUGAAAGGUGUGGGCAUGAGAUCCCUUCAUAGCGGCAUGGGACCUCCUCAGAGUCCCAUGGACCAACACAGCCAAGGUUACAUGUCUCCACAUCCAUCCCCAAUGGGAAUCCAUGAGCAUGCUUCCAGUCCCAUGUCAGGAGGUGGAGGUGGACCUACACCACCCCACAUGCCCCCAUCCCAGUCAGGCCCUAUGAUGUCCAUGGAUCCUCAAGGAGGCAUGCCCAACAUGUCCGGUAUGGGCCAACAGGGACGUGGACCCUCUACUUUCAGCCCAGUCCAGCUCCAGCAGCUCAGAGCUCAGAUUCUCGCCUAUAAGAUUCUGGCCCGCGGGCAGCCGCUGCCGGAAAACCUCCAGCUGGCUGUUCAGGGCAAAAGGAGCCUGCCCACAAUGCAGCAGCAACAGCAGGCGCCGCCUCCACAGCAGCAACAACAACAGCUGCAGCAGCAGCAGCCACCGCAGCUACAGCAGGCAUCCGGUGCUAGCCCAUACAGGCCAUCAGGUAUGGCGAUGGCACCUAUGAGCGGUCCCCAGUCAAGCCCCUGCCCAACACCAGCCAUGCAAGGACCCAAUCAAAGCACCAAGCCCUGGACUGAUGUUCAAGGUGUUGACAAUCAGGCAAAUGCACAAAAGCACCUCACUCUGGUUCCUAGUGGCCGUCCGUCUCCUGCACCCCCUCAGGCUCCUGCAGGACCUUCUGGACCCGUGCCGGGAGGUUCAGCAGCUACUCACCCUCCAGGCCAGCAGGUGUCCCCCAUGCCCCAAAUGCAGCAGAAGCAGAACCGAAUUACGCCAAUCCAGAAGCCUCAAGGUUUGGACCCAGUGGGAAUCCUACAGGAGAGAGAGUACAGACUGCAGGCCCGGAUCGCACAUCGAAUCCAGGAACUGGAGAGUCUACCCGGCUCUUUGCCCCCGGACCUUAGAACUAAAGCUACAGUGGAGCUCAAGGCGCUGCGUCUGCUCAACUUCCAGCGUCAGCUGAGGCAGGAUGUGGUGGCAUGUAUGAGGCGAGACACGACCCUGGAGACAGCCCUCAACUCGAAGGCCUACAGGCGCAGCAAGCGACAGACGCUGAGGGAGGCCCGCAUGACGGAGAAGCUGGAGAAGCAGCAGAAACAGGAGCAGGAGAAGAAACGUAGACAGAAACAUCAGGAAUAUCUCAACAGUAUUCUCCAACAUGCCAAGGACUUUAAGGAAUACCACCGCUCAGUUACUGGGAAAAUCCAGAAACUCACCAGAUCCGUCGCCAACUGGCACACAAACACCGAGCGGGAACAGAAGAAGGAGACGGAGCGAAUUGAGAAGGAGAGGAUGAGGAGACUGAUGGCAGAGGAUGAGGAAGGCUAUCGAAAACUCAUUGACCAGAAGAAGGACAAACGUCUGGCCUAUUUACUGCAACAGACGGAUGAAUACGUGGCCAACCUUACGACUCUGGUGUAUGAACACAAAGCUGCUCAGGCAGCCAAGGAGAAGAAGAGGAGGAAGAAGAAAAAGAAGAAGGUGGAGGAAGAUGGUGAAUGCACCAGCGACAUUGGACCUGAUGGAGAGCCCAUGGAUGAGAGCAGCCAAAUGAGCGAGCUGCCAGUCAAAGUGAUUCAGACGGAGACUGGGAAGGUUUUGCAGGGGACGGAUGCCCCCAAGUCCAGCCAGCUGGAGGCUUGGCUCGAGAUGAACCCUGGGUAUGAAGUUGCCCCACGUUCAGACAGCGAGGAAAGCGGCUCAGAGUUCGAGGAGGAGGAUGAAGAGGAAAUGGGCAAAGCGGAAACAGAGGAGAAGAAGAAAAUUGAUCCCAAUGAAGUCGAAGAGACUAAGCAUGAUGCCAAGAACGUCAUUGAGUCAGCCAAACAAGAUGUAGACGAUGAGUACAGCUGUCCUACUGGGCAAACAAGCUCCCAGUCUUAUUACGGUGUGGCCCACGCUGUCAUUGAGAGGGUGGAGAAGCAGUCGUCUCUGCUGAUAAACGGCAUGCUCAAGCAUUAUCAGAUCCAAGGUCUUGAGUGGAUGGUGUCCCUCUACAACAACAACCUCAACGGCAUCCUGGCUGAUGAAAUGGGCCUCGGUAAAACCAUCCAGACCAUCGCCCUCAUCACAUACCUGAUGGAGCUCAAGAGGCUCAACGGCCCCUAUCUCAUCAUCGUUCCUCUCUCAACUUUGUCUAACUGGGUUUAUGAACUCGACAAAUGGGCUCCUUCUGUGGUCAAAAUUGCUUACAAGGGCACUCCUGCUCUGCGUCGUGGUCUCGUGCCUCAGCUCCGCAGCGGCAAGUUUAAUGUUCUUCUGACCACCUACGAAUACAUCAUCAAAGACAAGCAAAUACUGGCUAAGAUUCGCUGGAAGUACAUGAUCGUGGAUGAGGGCCAUCGUAUGAAGAACCACCACUGUAAGCUGACGCAGGUGUUGAACACCCACUACGUGGCUCCUCGCCGCCUUCUCCUCACCGGGACACCGCUGCAGAACAAGCUGCCCGAGCUGUGGGCUCUGCUCAACUUCCUGCUGCCCACCAUCUUCAAGAGCUGCAGCACCUUCGAGCAGUGGUUCAAUGCACCUUUUGCUAUGACUGGAGAGAGGGUUGACCUUAAUGAGGAGGAGACCAUCCUGAUCAUCCGGCGUUUGCAUAAGGUGCUCCGCCCAUUUUUGCUCCGUAGACUGAAGAAGGAGGUGGAAUCUCAGCUGCCAGAGAAAGUGGAAUAUGUCAUUAAGUGUGACAUGUCUGCGAUCCAAAAGGUUCUCUACCGCCACAUGCAGAAAGGCAUCCUGCUAACCGACGGCUCGGAGAAAGACAAGAAGGGCAAAGGAGGCGCUAAGACCCUAAUGAACACCAUCAUGCAGUUGAAGAAGAUCUGCAACCAUCCAUACAUGUUUCAACACAUAGAGGAGUCUUUUGCUGAGCAUCUGGGCUACCCAAAUGGCAUCAUCAAUGGGCAUGAGCUGUACAGAGCUUCUGGGAAGUUUGAGCUUCUUGAUCGGAUCCUGCCCAAGCUCCAUGCCACUAGCCACAGGGUCCUGCUGUUCUGCCAGAUGACCUCUCUGAUGACAAUCAUGGAGGACUACUUCAGUUAUCGCAACUUCCAGUAUUUACGUCUUGAUGGAACCACAAAAUCAGAGGACCGGGCUGCACUCCUGAAGAAAUUUAAUGAGGAAGGAUCUCAGUACUUCAUCUUCCUCCUCAGUACCAGAGCUGGGGGCCUUGGCCUUAACCUGCAGGCUGCGGACACGGUUGUCAUCUUUGACAGUGACUGGAACCCACACCAGGACCUUCAGGCCCAGGAUCGGGCUCACCGCAUCGGGCAGCAAAACGAGGUCCGUGUGCUUCGUCUCUGUUCUGUCAACAGCGUGGAAGAAAAAAUCCUGGCUGCUGCCAAAUACAAACUGAAUGUGGAUCAGAAGGUCAUCCAGGCAGGCAUGUUUGACCAAAAAUCCUCCAGCCACGAGCGCCGAGCCUUCCUUCAGGCCAUUUUAGAGCAUGAGGAGCAGAAUGAGGAGGAAGACGAGGUCCCUGAUGAUGAAACCCUUAACCAGAUGAUAGCUCGCAAUGAAGAUGAAUUUGAGCUUUUCAUGCGGAUGGACAUGGACCGUCGUCGAGAGGACGCCAGGAACCCAAAACGUAAGCCUCGUCUGAUGGAAGAAGAUGAACUGCCCUCCUGGAUCAUCAAGGAUGAUGCUGAGGUGGAGAGACUCACCUAUGAGGAAGAAGAAGAGAAGAUGUUUGGCCGAGGAUCACGUUGUCGUCGGGAUGUAGACUACAGCGACACCCUGACUGAAAAACAGUGGCUGCGAGCCAUCGAAGACGGAAACUUGGAGGAGAUGGAGGAGGAAAUCCGCCUGAAAAGGCGCAAACGCAAACGACGUCAGGACAAAGACUCGUCGAGCAGAGAUGAUGGAGGCAUGAAGGCCAAGAAGAGGCGAGGGCGGCCACCAGCAGAGAAACUCUCGCCCAAUCCGCCCAAACUUACCAAGCAGAUGAACACCAUCAUCGACACAGUAAUCAACUACAGAGAGGGGUCAGGAAGGCAACUGAGUGAGGUGUUUGUGCAGCUUCCAUCCAGGAAGGAACUUCCAGAGUAUUACGAGCUGAUUAGAAAACCUGUGGACUUCAAGAAGAUCAAGGAGCGUGUGAGAAACCACAAAUACAGAAGUUUGGGAGACCUGGAGAAGGACGUGAUGCUUCUCUGUCAGAAUGCACAAACUUUCAACCUGGAGGGAUCCCAGAUAUACGAAGACUCCAUUGUUCUACAGUCUGUUUUCAAGAGUGCCAGACAGAAGAUUGCCAAGGACGAAGACAGUGAGGAUGACAGCGAUGAGGAAGAUGAUGACGACUAUGACUCAGAGGCUGAGGCUAAGUCUGUCCGGGUGAGGAUCAAGCUGGGCAGGGAGGGACGCAGCCAUGACAAAGGCAAGAAGAGGCAAAGCCGUGCGAAGGCCAAGCCGGUGGUCAGUGAUGACGACAGUGACGAGGACCAGGAUGAUAAUGAUCAGUCAGACAAGAGCAAAAGUGACGACGACUGAGGAAGACCAGCAGCUGCAGCAGCGUGAGGAUGUUGUUUAUAGAGCUUAUGAAAAAAAGGACAAUAUCUUCAUUUUGUUUUGUUGAGCUUCAUACUGUUUGUAUUUUGCCUCUUUGUCUGACUUUAGGGUGUGUUAUAUUCUCCUCCAUCAACUUUAAAAGAUAUUACUAAUCAAUCAGUAACUUACAGCAAUACCAAUCAGCUUAUUAUCUUGUUUUUAAGAGUUUUCUAGUAUAUUUUUAUGUCUGUGCUUGCAUAAGGCACAAAAGAAAUUCUAUGUGAAAACGGAGAGACAUGUUUGGUGAUUCUAUAAUUUCCUAAUCUUAAAGUAUUAAUAUUCCCCACAUUAUAAAAACUAAAUAUCAUUUCAUGUAUUGGUUAUAAAAACAAAGUUCAGUAUGUCUUAUAUGCAGCAAAUUUACUGGGCUAAUAAAAAAAAAAAAAAAAUGUACAUGAGAAUAUGAAAUAUCUGCGAGGAAUAGUGAAAGAUGACCCAGUUUAACAUGUUAAUUGCUUAGGAGUGUCAAACAGAAACAACAAUAACAGUUAUAUUGGCCCAGCUCGGCACACAUUUCAGCUCACUUUGUGUAUAAAAAGACAAGUUUUCCUGACAAAAUGCUUGAGUGGAUAAUGAGUUAUUUUGCUUAGUUUUAUUUUCAAUUAGUGUUAAAAUAAAUUGAAUAAACAUCUAAGCACAGAACCUUCUCAGCAAGCAGGUUCUAGUUACCAUUAUUGUAACAUAUUUAGAAAUAAAAUGCUUUCUACUACCUUUAAUUGAGCUAAAAAGAAAGUAAUUACACUCUUAUAGAUUUCUUGCGUUUGUUUUGCCGCAAUUAGAUGUUUAAGAUCAUCAAACUGAUUUUAAUAUCAGAAAAGGAUAGCCUGAGUAAAUACAAAAUGCAGUUUUCAAACGAUGAUUUCCUUUUAUCAAAGGAAAAAAAGCUGUCUAAAACACCUGGGUGUAUAUGAAAAACUAAUUACCCCCAAACCUCAUAACUGGUGGUACUAACGCCAUCAAGGGCUUGUGACGAUGAGUCUUUUCAAUCACUGUAAAGGAAUUUGGCCUCACACUUCUUGGCAGAAUUGUUUUAAUACGAUCUCAAUUGGAUUUAAAUCCUGGCUUUGACUAGACCAUUCCAAAAACAUUUAUUGUUGUGUUUUUAGCUUUAUUUUCAGCCAUUCAGAGCUGGACUUGCUGAACUGCUAGUCAAACAUUCUCCUUCAGGGUUUUCUGAUAGAGAGCAGAGGUCAAGGUCCUGAAGCGGCAAAAUCAGCCCCAUACCAUCAGACUACCACCAUCAUGUUUGAAUUUUAUUAUGACUCUCUUUUCCUUAAAUGCUGUUAGUUUUACACCAGAUGUAAAUGGGAGCAGACCUUUCAAAAAAAGUUCAAUUUUUCCCUCACUGGUCCACAGAAUUUCUUUAUUUUUUUGCAGGAUCAUUGAGAUGUUUGGUAACUCCUUCCCCAAAACAGCUUUGUAACCCUGUCCAAGCUGGUGGAUAUCACUGACCUUCUGUCUCAUCAUUGCUUGGGUUUACUUAGAUCAGGGAGUGGAGUGGUUUUAAAAUCUCUUAGCCUGCUUCAUGUGGUCCUGCAGGUGCUAUAUUAAGGUGAUCCCUUGAUUCUACAGGCUUGGGUGUGAAACUGAUCCAAAUAAUAUAACACAGGUAAUGUAUGGUCUUUGUUUCACACAGGGCCAGGUAGGUCUGGGUAGCUGCUUUCCUUAGUAGAUGAAAUCAUUUAAAAGCUGUUUUUGUAUUUACUGAUGUUAUUUUUAUCCAAAGUUCUUCUGAGGUUUUUAUAAUAGUAGAACUAUUUUUCCUUCACUGAGCCGAAAACUAAAACUCGUUCAUAGAAAAGCAGUGAAGUUGUUUUGAAGUUAGAAUGUUUUUUUUAGUUCUUUCGUUAAAUCAGAAGGAAGAGUUUUCCUUUCCCAUCAAAAACCCUAAAAUAUGACAAUUUCUUCAUGUCAACACACUGUGGGAGUUAAAUAUCCGCAGUAAUAAACAUCUGUUAACAUCUGUAUUUUAGCAUUUCAGUUACUAAACCAACAUCCACCUUCGAUGGUAAUAUUAGCUUUUAUUUAAAUUAACUGGGAUGAAACAAAAUAUUUAAAAGGUGAAUAAAAGCUACAGGUUUUCAUUGGUUUGUUUAAACCUAUUCUUUUGCUUUCCUGUAAUCAAUUUUAAAGAGCGACAGAAACCAACAGUCACAACCACCAAGUAGUUUUUAAAUCUGCUAAAAUGUCUAAAGUAGCUGAAACUGGAUAUUCUGAUAUGUAAAAUAAAUUCAGUUUUUUAACUGAUUUUAUUAUUGAAAAUGUAAUUGUACUUCAUUUUAAAAAGCCCCUGCCUUUCAUGGAUUCUGAUUUAAAAAUGUCUCUUUUUCCAAUCAAUUGUUUUGAUUUCUUUCUUUUUUUUUUGUAAUAAGGAAGUGGUUUUCAGAUCCCUUUGUUGUGAUGGACAGCGGAUUUGUGGGAGAAACAUUUAGUUUGGUUAAACCAGCAUCUUUAGUACAUGUUGCAUGAAAACAGCCAAAAACAGAUGAACUUCUUUCUUGGUUUUUGAAGAUUUUUAAAGAUAUCUGAAAACGACAAAUUUUACACAGGCAGAAAACACCAUUUGUUACAUUUAAAACAGAAUUUCAAUAAAAACAAUUUAAGCGUAUUGAUUUAUUCCUCUGGUUUGACAUGUCUGUGAAUUGGUUUUACAGCCUCCUUGUACUAUUUUGUGUGUUUGUAGCAUGAGCUCUUGAUGAAUAUACCGUGCACAUGCAGGUUGAUCAUUUUUGUCUCUGUAACGUUCUCGCCAGCUCUCCAUAAGUGUCACUUCAUUUUUGCUUUCUUUGCACAGUGUCCUUGUGGUUGUAAUCGCAUAGCCUCAAGCAAAUAAAUAUCAAUGGGUUUCUGCACAAAAA